CCCAACAGCAGCUGGAUCUAGGGAAGCCUGAGGCAGAAGCCCCUGUUGUAUUGCUGUUGGGUUGUUUUCCAAGGCUGUGGUUGCCUGGCUGUCGGUGUCUGCGGCGGUGUGUCUCCGCUCCUCUGAAGGAGGUUCUGCAGUAGUGAUAGUAUAGUUGGGAUCUGCUGUUACUCGUUUGCCUAGUGAGUUUCCUGCUUCAUUUCAGUUCUGCAUAUAAAUAUUUCCCAGAAGAGAUGAAAAAAGGACCAGAAAGUGUAACAUGUCCCCUGGAUGGAAUUCCAAGCAAGUUAGCAGAGUCAGAUCUGGACAGUAACAGCAGCAAUGGAGCCUCAGCAAAAGAGAAAGACAUGCUGUCCGCUCCUGAAGAACUGGAAACUGUACAGCUGAAAGCCAGUAGAGAAAAACCCAGAAAAAAACUCUGUGGCUAUUUAAAUAAACUGGGCAUCAAGGGGCCAAUCAAGACUUGGAAGUCUCGCUGGUUCUUUUACGAUGAAAACAAAUGUCACUUAGCAUACUUCAGAACUGCACAGGAUGUCAACCCUUUGGGGACUAUUGAUCUCUCCAAUGCCAGCCUUGACUGCAAGUUAGAAAACGGGGAAGGGAUUUUUGAGAUCAGAACACCAAACAGAGUUUUUACUUUGAAGGCAAUCAGCAAACAGGCAAUGAUGUACUGGCUGCAGCAGCUACAAUUGAGACGCUGGGAAUUUUGCAAUGCUCAGAGUAGAUUUCCUGUGGGCAGCUUCCAGCUUGUGAAUGAACCACUGCUUGGCAGAACAAAUGUUGUCGACAGUGAAGACUUUCUGCCUCCAGUCAAGACACCAACAGAAGCGGUGGGUUUAAAAGCAGCCUCUUUGCCUGCACCCCAGACAUCUACUGCUUUGCAGAACAUCUCCCUUAAGCAUCCCUGGACAGAGAUACAAAACACAGUCUACAAUAUCUGUGGCUCCAAGCAGCUCUGGGGGAACAAUGGGAAUGUCUUUAGUUUUGAUGAAUUCCAGGAGCAUCCUGAGAACCUGGAUGAAGAGCAAGAGGCAGAGAUGGAGGCAGGGUGUGAAGUUAAGCAGGGAACUCCAGAGGAUGGGAGGACAGAGCCCAGGUUGAACUGGGCUAGGAAAGCCAAGUGGAUGAACAGUGGUUUCCCAGGCUUGGCUGAAGAGUUGCACCGGGAGGGGAGCCCAAUGGAUAAAGUGGGCGUCCUGCAGCAACAGAUCCUGACACUCACAGAAGAAGUCAAGUCACAAAAGGAGCUGGUUAAACUUCUCCACAAAGCUCUGGAGGCAGCCCAACAGGAGAAGCGAGUGUCCAGCAUGUACCUCACUGCAGCAGAGGAUAAGGACAGACUGGAGCUGGUGCGCCACAAAGUGAGGCAAAUUGCAGAUCUAACCACUCGGUUGGAAGCUCUUGAGAAAGAAAAGAAAGAACUGGAGCAGACAGUGAUCAUGAGAGAGAGCCACAUCCAGGAACUCAAAGAGCACGUGCAGCUUUUGAUGGAAAAGAACCAUGCCAAACAGCAAGUCAUCAUGGCCUUGACGGAGCAGAUGGCCCGAGAGCUCUCUGAUCCCCUGCAGGAAACCAACGCUAUCACCGUAGAAACGUUGUAUAAACAGCAGGAGGAAAUUGAGCACUUGAAGGAUGAUAUUGAUGCAUACAAAACCCAGAACCAGUUUCUGAACUCGGAGAUCCACCAGGUUACUCGACUCUGGACUAGUGUUGCUGAGAAUGAGAAAGCACUUCUGAUGAAGUGCGCUUGCCUGCAAGCCCAAAACUGCGAGAUGGAGAGCAAAUACCUGAUGGUCUUGCGGAAGCUGCAGGAGGCUGUGCCUCUCCUGCCCAGCUCCCAUGCUGAGUUGGUGAGGAACCUCAUCCAGGAAGCACUCCAGUGGGAUGUGAAGGAAGGAGCAGAAGAAGGUCUUAACCUGAACCCUGUAAGUGAGUACGAUGAGUAUGGAUUUAUGACUGUGCCUGAAUAUGAAGUUGAGGACUGGAAACUUCUGGCCAAAAUCCAAGCCUUGGAGAUAAAAUCCAACAACCUGCGGAGCCAGGAGGUAGUGGAGAAGCCUCUCCGUGACAGGUGGAAUAGUGUUGGAGAGCUGAGCCCCUCUGCGGAGUUGAAGAGCCUGAUCCGAAGCGGCAUCCCUGUGGAGCAUCGCCAGCGGGUCUGGAGGUGGAUUGUCAGCCGACACUGCAGCCACCCCCCUGACCACUACCAGCAGUUAUUAAGGCAGAGUGAGAGCACCGAGCACCCAGCUUGCCGGCAGAUUGAGCUUGACCUGCCCCGCACACUGACCAACAACAAACAUUUUUCCUCUCCUACCUCCCCGCUCAUCCCUAAGCUCCGGAGGGUGCUGCUGGCUUUCUCCUGGCACAAUCCUGCUAUUGGAUACUGCCAGGGACUGAACAGAUUGGCAGCUGUUGCCCUCCUGGUGCUGGAAGAUGAGGAAAGUGCAUUCUGGUGCCUAGUCCACAUUGUGGAGAACCUAAUGCCUGCAGACUAUUACAGCAACACACUGAUAACAUCACAGGUAGAUCAGAGAGUCUUCAAAGACUUCCUGUCAGAGAAGCUGCCUCGCCUCAUGGCUCAUUUUGAGCAGUACCGGAUUGAUGUCUCCCUCAUCACUUUCAAUUGGUUUCUGGUGGCGUUUGUGGACAGCUUGGUCAGCGACAUCCUCCUGCGAGUGUGGGAUGCCUUCUUGUAUGAGGGAACUAAGGUGAUUUUCCGCUAUGCUCUUGCGAUUUUUAAAUACAAUGAGGAGGAAAUUCUAAGAAUUCACGACAAUGUGGAGAUCUACCAGUACCUACGUUUUUUCACGAGGAUGAUCGUGGAUGGCAGGAAGCUGAUGAACAUCGCUUUCAAUGACUUAAAUCCCUUCCCCAUGAAACUGCUGAGGAACCGGCGGACAAUGCACAGGGAAGAGAUGGAGACAGAGCUGUGUGAGCUGGAACAGAUCAAGGCAGCCUAUGUAAAAGAGAGAGCACAGCAGGGUCCUCAGGACCUGGAGGAAGUUGUUAGUGAAGAGGAAGAAGAAAUUUAGCCAAAAGGGAGUUCCUCAUCGCUCCUCUCUCACCUCCCAGAAGGUCUCCAACAGCAACUGUCUGUAACAGAAGAAGCAGAUGGGGGGAGGUGAUCACAGCAGGAGUUCAUCUGUCCCUGGAAGCAAGGCUAUAGAUAGGUAUGGGACCACUUGGGGACCAAGCCAGGCUUUGUGAUGGAUCGGAAGGUCUCAGAGAGUUUUAUCCUCUCCCACACUUCCCCUACCCAGCACGUGUUGUCCUGUGCAGUUCAGGAUUCCAGCUGAAGACCCAUAGGAAGCAUUAAUUGUGGUGCUGUGUCAGAGGUUCACAUGGUGCAAAUGACUUGGCGUGCCAGGCAGGGCUUUUACACCUUUUCUAACGGAGGCUUGAAAGAGAUCUUUAUGUACAGGUAAAAUCAUUAGAAAUAUUGAACCAAGAGCAUGCACUUAAUGGUGCCUAAAGCUUCUGAACUGGUUAGGGGGAGAGCCUGCUUUUUGAAUGCGUGGUGCCUUUUUUGGCUAGUCUGCCAGGACACUGUGUUUAACACUGAAGUUACUGUCUGAGUCAUGCCAUAUUCUUCAGGUGACACUGGGCCCAGAGGGAGGCCCAGGAACCGGAAGAUGUCUGUGAAACUCAGGAUGGGACAAAUUAAAUGGGUUGUGGGAGGGAGGAGUUGCCUCUCCAAUUCAUUUUGUUUCCUGUGGGAAUCCAUGGGUGGCUGGUCCCUGUGCCAGGGAGCGCUAGGUGUUGUCUCCCUGUGGGGCUGGGAAAUGCUCAGAGCUACCUGUCCUCUUUGUUUAGCUUCUAGCAGAGCCACCU